GCUGGGAACUCAAGGUCAAGGCUCAAGAAUUGGGGCGAUUCGCGCGGUGGUCAGCCGAGUCGUUAUUUGGCACCCUCGGGCUUAGCUUGGGUUAGCGCGCUCAUACAACGACCACGUUUGUAUGUAUUCGUCAACGUAUUUCCACGUCUCUACUUGAUAUUCCAGUGAAGCUGUCUGUCCUUGCAUUUGAAGAAUGCAGCGUUUUCAAGGGUAUAUGCAAGUACCCAUGUACGUUGCGCGUACGCAAGUGAGGGUGCCGAUGAUCCGCGGUUGGCAGUUCCUUCUGCAAUGGGCGGCGCUUGCCAGAUAAGACUCUCACUCAGUUCCCUCGCAUCACGGUCAUCCCAGUUCGUCACUUCCCAGCUCAUCGCACAUCGAUGCUGUUGCCGCCUUUUGCAUCUGUGAUGGCGACAUAUCUGGAUAGUUCUGACUCUUGAAGCUUUGGACCUUUGCCACCCGACAUCGCCCGAAUGGCUUCCAAUACUAGUAACAGCAACGCACCUGCGGUUGACUUGGACGCUGUGAUUCAGGGCUUGCCUGCAUGUAAGCGCUGCCGGGAAUGCCGCCGUGGCUGCGACACACUUCUCCCGAAAUGCCGACAAUGCACCAAAGCAGGCGUUGAUUGCGUAUACUACGAUCAUGGUCGUGGCGCGCUGGUACCUCGCAGUUACAUAUCUGAGCUCGUCGAUCACGUGCGCAGGCUUGAAGCAGGAAACAACCUAUCACCUGCCGCAUCAGUGGACACACCACAAAGUGCGAGCUUGAACGCGGCCGCAAAACCUGAGCCAGUUCUGCCAGGCACCAGUCUCCAAUAUGAACAUCACUUUGCGUAUGCAGCGGACAGCUACCGUUACCUCGGCUCAGAAUCGUGUCUUCUGAAGUCACCGCGGUUGCAGUCCACUUAUGUUCGCUCUCCAUUCGACGAAGAAGAUGACUUCAUUCUUGAAUGGAAGACUUCGCCGCAGAAACUACACGAGCUGGUGGAAGAGUAUCUGGAGUGCAUGCAGCCAGUGUACCCUAUCAUCGAUGUGUCGCAACGAUAUCUCAGUCUGGGUGUUCCUACAGACCUUGCACCUAUCGAAACCUUCUCACUCAACAUGAUCUAUUCGAUCGCCUGUCACGUUAUUCCCAAUAGUGCAAAACGACAGGACGCUCGGGAUCUGUGGCAAUCAUCAGGAAAACAGGCCCAUUACCAGGCAAACUGCCUUAAGUACCGCAAUCUCGCUGGCAAAUUUUACAACAAGGCUAUGGACCACGUUGAGGCGGCAACUCUUGAGCCCACCAUAGACACGCUUCGAGCAGUGCUUUUGAUGGCUAUAAACAGCUUGUUCGAUCCAAAGUCAGGCAACAUCGGUCAGCAGAUAGCUCUUGCUGCACGUAUCGCUUACAGUCUUGGGGCGAAAGCAGAACAAGAAGGAUCAACGCCAAGUAAUGCAGAGAUGCUUCGAAAUAUGCACAUGACCAUUUUCAGCAUAGAGAACGAGAUCGCCUCUACCUUAGAUCGACCAGCGACAUUUCCUGAACCGCAUUGGGAACUAAGCUUUGACAAGACCAGGCCCGCUGAGUAUAUGUGCUCGCUCUUUCGAUUACAGCAUCGGUUUCGUAACGGCGACUCGACGGUAAAGUCGAAUGUGAGAAAGCUUCUGCCACGCUUAGACGAGAAGGCUGAACUGCUUCCCGUCGUCCGUAUCGCUCUACAUACUACCGUACUCCUCUUAGACCCCAGCUGGGGCAGUGCAUGGUAUGUGCUUGAGGCUGUCGUAAGCCUAGGCGGUACAUACACGUUUCUUACACCGCACUGGGUAUACCGAGCUGGUACUAUUAUCAUCCAGAACAUGCCUGAGAUCUACGAGGGCAACGUCAUCCAGCUCUACUCCAACACAGUUCAUGUCCUCGAACUUUCAUCCUGGAAGUGGCCAAGCUCUGCGGCGCUCAAUGCGUCCCUGGCCGAUCUCAUGACGCACAUGAAAAGCAAGUAUAGGCCGAACUGGGCCGAUAAACUUCGACUUGGAGAUGUCAGAAUAUGAACAUUCGUCUACACGGCGCCCAAGCAAUCGUGAGCACCAACAUUAAUCAGGGCUGCAGUCAAACACUCACGCAAACAUCCGACACUUCUAUCAAGUUCUUAACAAUGAAGAUUCGACAGAAAACCAUCAAGAGGAUAUGACAAAGGACUGAGAACAAGCGCAGGUUUGCGUCAAUUGUAAGCAGAUAAGUCCUCUUGGUUGA